AUUUAAAAUUGUUUUUUUCUUUCAUUUUGUUGUAAGUAAACUCUUAAAAUCUCUUCUCUGUCCUAUACAAAAUAAGUGAAAAUAUCCGUAAUCAAUGCCCUACAUUUUGAUUAGAGGUAAUCUAGCAUCAUACGGGCACAAAAACCCUUGGAGAGUUUUAGUAUCCGGCUUAAAAGCCGGAGAUAUAGAACAAUUAAAAAGAUUCGCAUGUGGAGGAUAUUGCGACGACUCCACCAUCGUUUAUCUACAACACCCUUGCGUCAUUCUCAGUGCUCUAGAAGUAUUGGGCUACAAAGUUGUUGCCUCCAGCUCAACAGCAGUGAAGCAGGAUUAUAAUGAGUAUAUGUGGACUAUGAGAAAAGAGUUUUCUGAGCCAGAACCUUCAAUUGUUGUAGAACAGGACAACAUUACUAACUUCAGUAAAGAGGCUAUGCACUUGAGCAAUUAUCAACACUCAAAUAAAGACGACGAGGACAAGAAGAAAUAAAAGCAUUAACUUCCAAGUUUCCCGGCUCAGGAGUUGGAGUUGUGAAUGGUGUCACUAUAAAAACCAAUGUGCUCAAUUCACUCAACGCCUUAGGUCAG